AUGAUAGAAAAGGGACUGAAAGGCCUGGAUUUCAACAAGUUGCCAAACAAGCUCUCGGCGGUCGUAAGCGUAGAUGGCGGGUGGGUCCGUCGCGAGAGCAGUGCUCGGCAGGUGAGGCGGGAGUCGUCGGCCGCGCCCGCGCCGGCCGCCGACCCCGCCAUCACCGCCGCCCUCGCCCCGCCGGCGACCGAACGUCCUCGCGCACCUCUAGCCGUCCUGCGACCGACCGGUCAAGUUGCCAGCCUUUUCACUUAUCCUCAAAUCGAAGAGUUAGUCGAAAUAUAUCGAGAUGCGAGGUUCAUGUCUCGCGCAAACGUGGCGAUGACGGUCGAUAGCGUCGCGGCGCGAGGUCGACGCCCGGAACCUUGGCGUUGUCGCUGCAAGGUCGCCGCCGUCGAUAGCCAGCUGUUGCCAACCGAGCCCAUCUUUUAA